AACAAUCUUGAAAAGCUUCAACAGAAAAAACUCAAUUCAACUUCCACCCUUUACACACUCUGUCCUGUGUUCUGUUGUCCCAUUGGCCAAACCCCUCAACUUCCACCCUUACGACACCCUGUCCUGUGUUCUGUUGUCCCAUUGGCCAAACCCCCCCUUAAUGUUAUUAUUUACAAAAUAAAGAUCAAAGGUGUGUAUGUCUGUUCUCUAACAGCAAUUGGGAUUAGCAGUAGUUUGCGUGGUGAGUGAAAAAGGCAACAGAAACCACCAAUUAGAGCUUCCCUUCUUGAAAAGUUGGGACAUAAACCCCCCCUUUCUAUCUUUCUCUCAAAUAGCACACGCUUUUAUCAAGUUUCCUGUACAUGGUCACGUUACUCGUUGUUAUCAAUCUCGGCUUACGGGACUUCGAUGAUGUAAUUUCAAGAUUUGGGUGCUGAAAUCUGUAGAAAACAAUGGAAAUAUGAAGUUUUUUUGCGGGGAUGUCGUCAUUUGUCCUUUUGGGGUUUGGAAAAGGUAUAUUCAGUACUUAUUUGGCGAUUCUGCGUUCGAUUCGUAUGAUUUUCGGAUAAAUUGAAGGAUGUUGUGAUUUUCAAAGGUAGUCUUGAUUUUGAUUAUUGUGUGAUUUGUGUUAUAAUUUGAGCCGAAGAAUCUAGGGUUUUAACCUUUGGGGUAAUAGUAGUUCCCAUUUUUCCUAUAUGAGAUUCUCAGUUUGGAGAUUCAACGCUACAUAAUUCAACAUACUUUUCCGAAUCAAUACUUUUUUUUUUAUCUAGAGAUUCAUCAAUACAUACUUCGUUUUUGCACAUAAAGACUCAAGAUUAGUAAAGGUUUAAUAUUGCUUGGUGAUAUACGAAUUAUGGACACGGGUUUUCACCAUGAACAAACUUUAAGCCCUUCUUUGAAUCGGCAUGCCAUAUCAUUCCAAUCGAGUGCCAUGGACAGCACAACCGAGAUGAUCAUGAUGGGGGAUUACUAUCGGAUGAAUAGUACAGCAGGCUUGAUGUUUUCAGGGAAUUCUGGUAUGGUAAACAGCAGUUCAGGAUAUGCACAAGUUGGGAAUUCGUGUGCUUCUCUUCCUUCGGAUUCGGUCCCAGGGCUGAAACAUGAUGCAGGCUUGGCUGUGGAGUGGUCUGUUGAGGAACAGUAUAAGUUGGAGGAAGGAAUUUCUAAAUAUGCUGAUGAACCCAGUAUCAUGAGGUAUAUCAAGAUUGCUGCUACAUUGCGUGAUAAAACUGUUCGUGAUGUUGCCUUAAGGUGUAGGUGGAUGACGAGAAAACGACGGAAGCAGGAUGAGCUGAAGUUGGGAAAGAAGUUAAAAGAUAAGAAGGAUAUGUUGGUGGAAUCGUCAUCAAAGCCAAGUAUAUCGUCACUUUCAACUUUGAAUGUGGCUCCAUUUUCCGUUACCAUGAACAAUUGGUUCCAGAGUGGUGGUAUUCCUUUUGAAGCAUUGAGCGGCUCAAUAAGGCAUCUUUUGGAACAAAACAACCGAGUUCUUGGUCAGAUCUCUACUAAUAUUUCAUCACUCAAGCUGCAGGACAAUGUCGACCUCUUUAACCACGCGAAGAACAAUAUAACUGCCAUCUUAAACGACAUGAGAUACAUGCCAGGGCCGCCACUGCCUGUAUCGCUAAACGAAGAUCUUGCUAAUAGCAUUCUGCCUACUACCAGCCAGAAAAUGACGCUCGGGUCAUCAAGCAGAAUGCAUUUGAAGCAAGAACCAGACUAUUGAGUUGGAGAAGUGUUUGAUUGUAAGUAGAGAAUUUAAAUCUUCUGUAAAUUAUAUAUCGGUUGGCCCGUUUGGGUGUAUUCCAUAUAUCUGUAUCGAUUGAGCAUUUGUGUCCGAUUUAACGAUACAAAAACUUGUAGAAAGAUGCCAUUUUUGGGAAGCUAAGAUGAUUGAUUGGCUUUUACUAC